AUGGCUAAAAAACCGGGGGUGUUGAUUCCCUUCAAAAACCGUGUAGAAGUGGAUGAUAGUCUACCAGAAUGGAAGAGGUUGGAAGAGCAUGUCGACUUCAUCAAGUAUAAAAUUACAACAAAAGAGGAUUUUAAGGUCGCCCUGGCUCGAUCUAACGUUGAAUGCUUGUGGAUCACAGAGGAUCUCUUCACUUACCUUGGAAGCCCAGCCGAAUUCUAUGAUGAUUAUUCCUCUAGCUUGAAACUGAUUGCAGUUCCUUGGGUCGGAACCGACUUCUUAGACGGACCUAAAUUGAAGAGAGAAAAAGGCAUAGUAGUGUGCAACAUUGGUCCCAGUGCCGCUAGCAAUGUGGGAGAAUUGGCUCUCUUCCUCGCACUCAGCUGUUUCAGGAUGACGUCCUUCUUCGAGCAUUGUUUCAGAUUUGUUCACAGAGGCCAGCCUGGGCAAUGUGCAGAGUACGUAGGAGGCAAGAAGCACGCGCUAACUGCUUCGAGUGCUACGGGCGGCGAGCACCAUUACCCAUUUCCCGAAAAGUUUACUCGUGAGCAGGCUCAAGUUGUGGACUUGUCUAAAAAUUACACAAUUGCUGGGAAAACUAUAGCAUCGCCUAACGGUAAAACUGCCCUUAUUUUGGGAUUCGGCUACAUUGGUCAAUCUAUCGGAAAAAAGUUGUGCUAUGGGCUCGAUAUGAAAAUCCAAUACUUCAAGAGAUCGGGGCCUGUUUCCAAGGAUAUUUUAGGGUACCCAGCGAAAUACUGUAGUACUUUAGAAGACCCUGAGACUUGGGUCUCUGCAGACCUUAUUGUUCUGGCACUUCCAGGGCAUUCGUCGACUCAAAACGUAAUUAAUGCCAAAACAUUGAGCAUGUGCAAAGAUCAGGUCCGCAUUGUCAAUGUAGGGCGUGGCUCUUGUAUCGACGAAGAUGCUCUUUUCCAAGCACUGGAGUCUGGCAAAGUUGCUAGCGCAGGAUUGGAUGUUUUCAAAAACGAAAGUACCAAGGUGGACGAGCGCUUUUUUGAUCGGUGGGAUGUGACGCUUCUGCCACAUAUCGGAAGCACCGUUUCGGACAUGGUAGGACGUCAAACACUGGUUACACUCCAAAAUGUCGAGGAUGUCUUGGUGAAAAACGGACGUGGGCUGUAUCCCUGCAACUAG